GCACAGGAUAACAGGAUACUAUUACUUUGACCCCACCCCCAGAAAAGGGCAAAGAACAAAGUUUACUCAAUAGGCUUACGACGAUGUUAAUCACAACUUCCAUGAGUCUAGCAUUUAAAGCAGCUUUUGGAAAGACUUACAAGUUGUUUUUUUGGGGGUUUGUUUUGUUUUUUAAUCUCAAGUCACACCCUCCAAAAGGUAGUGGAAAUAAAUUUGAAUAAACAAAACAGAUUUGCUGAAAAUAAAACCAGGACUCCUAAACUGCUCCAGUCAAACAGCUUCCACAAGGGCUUGCUGUCAGCCAGUGUGGCACUGAGGCUUGGCAAGCAGCAUCCAGCAUGUACCAGGUAAGUGUGCAGGGGCCUGGCCGGGACUGUGCUGAGUGAGGCAGGAGCAGAGAUGUGGGUGGGGAUGGAGGGAGCUCUCAGUUUUGGGGCUGCGGACCAGAUGAGGCAUGAAUUAGAAUCUCAGAGAACAGCUGGGGGAGGGGGCAUCCAGACUAGGCAGGAGCAGUUUUCUCACUAGCCUUUUCCUACAGGCAAUGGCAUUCUUGGCAAUGGUCAUGGGAACCCACACCCUCUGUUUGGGGUCCCAGAGGCGUUGCACCCACUGGCCCGGCUGCUGCCCCAGCAAAGGACAGAAUUCCACUGAGGAGUGGCUGAAGUGGAACAGUGUGCUCAUGCCUCCCCCAGAGACCACCAGCCUCGCCCACCACCCAGAACCCUGCAGUUCCAGCAAGGAUGGACCCCUCAACAGCCGCUCCAUCGCCCCCUGGAGAUAUGAGUUGGACAGAGACUUGAACCGGCUCCCGCAGGAUCUGUACCACGCACGUUGCCUGUGUCCACACUGUGUCAGCCUCCAGACGGGCUCCCACAUGGACCCCCUGGGAAACUCAGAGCUGCUCUACCACAACCAGACCGUCUUCUACCGGCGGCCGUGCCCUGGACAGCAGGGCGACCACCAUGGCUACUGCCUGGAACGCAGGCUCUACCGUGUCUCCUUGGCUUGCGUGUGCGUGCGGCCCCGUGUGAUGGCCUAGCUGUGCUGACCAUGGCUGGUCCCUGGGCAAACACUGGAGCUGGUUGGACAACCACCUGCUGUGGUGAACCAGGACACCCGAAGGCACAGCCCCUCCAAAGGACCACCCGGAGCAGCAGGAUCUUGGGACAGGAUGGGGGACCCUGGGGGGACCGCACUUUGCACUUUUUGGAGUGGGUGAGAAAUGCAGGGCAAAUCCAAGGCAGUAGUGGCUGGUUAUGGUCCCUGGAAACUGGCAUCCUGUCCUUUCCUCCUGGGAAAGGUCUUCAAAGCUCUGCUAUGUCUGUCUCUUCUUUCCUCCCACCCCCAGCUGCCCUGGUGCAGCACAGGCACUUUCAGAUAUUUUUCCCUUCGCCAGU